GCAAAGAGCUUUUAGCAAUAUAAAGCACACUAUUCGAUGUAUGAUUCUUAAAAAUCGAAAAGCCUUACGCAGUUCCAAAGUUCAUAACCGUCCAAGAACGAGCUUAUAACACAUCGCAAAAUGGAUGACGAAGAAGGAAGAUUGUUCCGAUGCCGAAGAACAUGCUGUGAAAUGCUUGAAGAUCGUGGAUAUUUUAUUCCAAACCAAGAAAGGUUGGAAACGUUCGCAGAGUUCAAAGCACGGUACGAACUGUAUGACAGAGUCCGUUCAAAAAUGUUAUUAGUUGCUUCUCUAAAAACUGAUAAGGAUGCUAAAUUAUUGGUUUACUUUGCUGAUGAAACUAAAAAGACCGGUGUUAAGCCAAUAAGGGAGCUUACUGAAAAAAUGGAAGACCAUGACAUACACAGGGCUAUUCUGGUUACCCAGAAUGUGCUCACUCCCUUCGCAAAAGAUGCCAUUCUUGAGGCGGCACCCAGGAAUAUCAUCGAAAACUUUUUAGAAACUGAGUUGCUAGUCAACAUUACAAAGCAUGAACUUGUUCCUAAACAUAUCCCGCUAACAGCUGAUGAAAAGCAGACUUUGCUACAAAGAUACAAGGUUAAAGAAAGUCAAAUACCGCGUAUACAGGCAGCAGAUCCUGUAGCAAGAUAUUUUGGACUUACUAAAGGACAGGUAGUGAAGAUUAUCCGACCAAGUGAAACUGCCGGGAGAUAUGUCACAUUCAGACUGGUCUAUUGAUAUAUAAUCGCAUAU